AUGCAAGAAACUGAAGACUAUUCUGAUAAUUCAAGUGUGGGAAGUGCUUUGGAUUGCAAGAAUACUGUCAGUGAAAGCCAUAAAGCGACAUUAUGUAUUGACUUGGGAGAUGAGCAACAGGCUAGAAUGAUUUGUAAAACUUUGUCAGUGGACGAGGAACCAUCUAGAAGCACUGCCGUGCGGACUUAUUCGGUGCAGGGACAUCACUUGAUCGUUAAUAUCGCAAGCUCUGACGUGAAAUAUCUUCAAAAAUCAAUUGAUAACUUAUUUGAUAUGUGUUGGUUAGCUAGGCAGACUAUCGAACAAGUAACGCAGUAUCGUUUGAAAAUUCGGGAUGAUGCUAAUGAAUACAGUAAGAAAAAAUCUGGAAUGUUCAAGGGAUUGAAGUCGAAGUUAGAAGAUGAAGCAAAAAAGUUGCAGGCAACUGUAUCACAGUACGGUGAAAAUCUUGCUCAACAAGUGCGGUCCGGCAUGAGUGAGACUGGGAAUGAUGCAAGUGGACAUACUCGGCAUUUAUUUAGCAGCAGUAGUACUUUGAGAAAUUCGCUGACACCUUCUCCAAAUCUUUAUAGUGAUGAAUCUGAAAGAGGUUAUGAUUCAUCAAAACCGCAAAAUCCUAAUAGUUCAGCUAUGAUGCAAGAAGUUCCAGAACAGGACUUGCUCAGUUGGUCACGGAAACGAAGCAAUUCUAUCGAAAGUGAAAGUUCGUUGGGUAAUUUGUUUUCUGCUAUGCCUGGGAUGUUAAAUUUUGGACAUCGACUUAAUACGAUUACAUCUGAUAUAGAAAGUGAAAGUGCUGCCACGUCAUCUCAGUUUCAGAGUGCUUCAAAAGAACAGAUUUCAACUGUUCUUCAUAAAUUACAAGGCCGUGCAGCGAAUUACAAAGAUAAAUAUCGAAAGCUUGUACAUAUGUACAACGAUUUAGUGCGAGAUAGUGAGAAAUACCAGGCAAGACUAUUUAUAUCAGUUCUGGCUACUACACAAGAUAAAGCUCUGAAUCGAAUUGAGAGCUUACGGCAGAAAAAUCGGGAAUUGAUGGAAAAGAUUCAAGAAUACGAGUUGGAUACAGAAAAGGGGGAAGCUCCAAGAAAAGAAGUGCAGGAAAAGGGGAAAGUGGCGAAAUUACAGGAAAUGCUUGAAAAAUGUCAUAUAAAUAUCAAAGAAAAUGAGGAAAGAAUUUCGCAACUUACGGAAGAAAAUCAAAAACUGAAAAAAAGUCUUGAAACAUCUUAUGGUGAACAAGGAAUCAGUGACCUGGCAGUCCAGCGAAUGAGUGCUGAGUGGAAAAGUCGAAUGGAUUGUCUAAAUGAAGAAUGGACUGAACGUCUUCGAAACUGUGAAGAAGCUCAUGUUGAAUUUUUCAGUGGCACACUAGCUAUAGCCAAAGUUAAAGCGGAAAUGCAUAAAGCAUUAGAUGAAAAAGAUAUUGAACUACAAGCAGCUCGCGCCAAAUCAAAAAUGUUAGAAACAAAUGGAUUAGAAGUUCUGAAGCAUAUUGAUGAGUUGAAAGCAACUGUUGACGCAUUGGAAAACGAGAAAGCAGAUAUGGUAGAAAAAUUAUCAGAAGCUAAACAACAAGGUGUUAAAGCGGUUCGUUGUGAGGAAGAGGAAAAGCGUGAGGAACUCAUAAAAGAAAUGGAAAAGAAGCGAGCUACAGAAAGAGAAGAAGAUGAGCGACGUUUUCAGGAAUUGAUUAAGACAAAUGUAUAUUUGGUUUAUUUUACUACUAUUCUUAAGGAUGCGUUCUGGGCAUCCAAAUUCAGAGAACAAGAAGAACAAAUGCAGUUGGCCAUAGAAGAACGAGAAAUGCAAAAAGUAGCUGCUGUUAUGGAACAUGAUCGAAGAAACGAUGAUCUAGGAUUACAAGUAGAAAAACUCACUGCGGAAAAACUGCAUUUGCAAUCAGUUCUGGAUAACAUGAAGGAAAGGCAUCGGCAGCAAAUGGAUGAGCUCUGCGUUUCUAUUGAGGCAAAUAAAGAACGCCAUCAGCAAACAUGUAUUAAAAUGACUAAGAAGCAAGAACAACUUGUGGCUUCACUCCAAAAAGAUCUUGAGUUAACUACAGAAUCAAAUAAGUUACUCAAGGAGCAAUUUGAAGAGUUCAAGAGAAGUAAGGCAGAAAGAGCCAAAGAAUUUGAAGAUCGAAAUGGUGAACUCUUAGCUGAUUUAACUCAGAAACAAAAGAUUUUGGAUCAAAUAGAGGAGAAACAUAAAACUGAAGUAGAUACACUUCAUGAAAGCAUAUCAGCAAUGAAAGAGAGCCACGAAGAAAUUUUGAGUGAGAAUAUUAUUAUGAAAGAGAAAUUGACUAAGACUAGUUUAGAGCUGCAAGAGUGGGAAAAAAAAAUAAUCGAAUUGAACCAAAGAUUCUCGAUCAGAGAGAAGGAGGUGAAAGAGCUUAAUGAAAUUUUAGAACAGAAGGCAGCAACAAUUAUGAAUCUCGAGUCGGAAAAAGAAAUUCUUCGAUCUGAGCUAGCUUCAACACGGGAAUUUUCAAAAAUUCAUCAACAUUUACAGUUUUGUUGCUUGAAGGAACAGCUGACAGUAGCUGAAAUGGAGCGUGAUGAAGCUGAAAGAAAAUAUUCGGAAAUGGAAGAAAAAGUACAAAAAGCCAUGUUAGAGCUUGAAGAAGAUCGGCGUAUCCUUCAACAGGGGAAACAGGAACUGGAAGAAAAAGAGCUACGCAAUAACCAGUGGGGGGGGAAGGAGAUGACGGAAAAAGAAGCGCAUAUUGUAAAGCAAAAAAUGGAUCAGGUGGAGUACCAAGCACAGAAGGCGAAAAAUGAUUUGAAUGAAAAAGUUGCGUUAUUAAUUGCUGAAAGCGAAAAAUUAAAAAGUCAGGUAGAAGAUCAGCAAGAACAAAUUGAAGGAUUGGAAGAAGAAAAGCAGAUGCUAACUGACAAGCUGCAACAUAUUAAAAAAAAAGUUUUUUUAACCUCAAAAGAACAAGGUGUAGAGCUUUCCAAUUCUGAAUCAACCACUUGUGUAGAAGAGAAUGAAAUGCCCAAUGAAUUCCCACCAAGGGCCGAAAAUAAAUUAUCGCUGCUUGCUGAAAUUGAAGAGCUAGAAACAAAUAUGUGUAUGGUCAUAAAACAGAAGAAAAAUGUCAUCCAAGAGCUAGAAAAUAUUCGCAGCAGUCGGGAUAAUUUGAAGAUGAAAAUAGCAGAAGUCGAGGAAAAUUUUCAUGAAAUUUCUUCCAAGAAAAAUUUAGAAAUCGAAAAACUGAAAACGCAACUGAUAGAUCGGGAAGGUGUGGUUGAUGAGCUUCAGAAAAAGAUAAAUGAACGAAGAUCAAAUGAUGAUGCUGAGUUACAUUCAUUGAAAAUGACUUUGAAUGAGGAACGGAAGAGACAAGAAGUUCUCGAAAGCGAGCUUAUCGAAAUGACGAAAAAAUUAGAUAAACUUACUACUGAGCUUAAGCAAAGUAAAGAAAACAAUGAAUGUCUUCAGAAUGAACUUGGAAGCAUUAAAAAAAAGAGGGAGGAAGAACAAAAAAUCAGAGACCAGUACGCAACUUUACUGAAAAAUGCAAAUGAUAGUUUCGAAGCAGCACAGAAAGAACUUGCUAAUUUGGAUCUUAUACGAACUGAAAAAGAUCGCUUAGUCGCUGAGCUUUCCUCUACAAAAAAUGAUUGUGAAAAAAUUGUGCUGCAGCUUAAACAUGUAACGGAUAAUGAACUCCGAAUUGAGGAAAUGAACAAGAAAGCAGAACAGAAGAUGUUAAAAGUUAAAAAACAAUAUGAAGCCGAUGGAAAUGCAGCAAAGGCAGAGCUUCUUUUAGAGAUUGAUGAAAUGCGAUCUCAGUUAGCUGAAAGAGAUCUAAUGAUAGAAGAACAGAAGCUGAAUGUUAAUGCCCUAGAAAAAAAACUUCUUGACGAAGAGCAAAAUACUAAAAUCAUAAAUGAGUUGCAAGCAUCAAUUCGAGCAGUAUCUGCUGAAAAAGACCUGAAAUUGAUUGAGUGUUCUGAAAUGAAUAAUGAACUGAAUUUACUUCGAACAUCAUUAGAUGAAAUGAGAAAUCAGUUGACAUGUCAGAAGAAUCAGAUUGAUUCUAUGCAACAAAAACUAGAUAGUUCUGCAGCUGAAAAUAUUCAUUUAAAAGGUUUGUUUGAAGUUUAG